AGCUCAUCUGACCGAAGCUUUCAGGCUGCCAUCAAAGUCCUGGGUGAUAUGUUAGAAGCUAUCCUGGGCGCUGUGUUCAUUGAUUCAAACGGCGAUGACAAAAUCCUGCAAGCUGUUGUAUGGAAUCUUUUCUCGUCACUCUCUUGUGUGUACCACACCUAUUCUCCUACCUUUUUCUUACUAGCGACUUACUCCCAAUCAAUACUAAACGAUACUCAACUUUCGCUUAAUGGGCUGCGGCAAAUUUUUUUCUUUGACACCUUGGUUGAGAAUAGUACAAUAUGCAUGUUGUCGCAUUCAGAGGUAUUGGAUUUGAUGGCGAAAUCCUCAGAGGACUACCUGUUACUAGCGCGCCUGCCAUUCGUCGUGACACAACAACUUCAAGAAAACCUGGAUCCUCAACAGAAGAACAAUCAAAGUUUCGACAUGACUGGGCGUGAUAGUGCCUUUCUGGUUAGAGCAAAUUCGCGAUAUGCGGCCAAGCUCGAACUUGCUCGCCAACUGGAACAUUUUUCUAUGAGCUAG